GCCUGGGGGCGUGGUCGGAGAAACAAUAGUUUGGCUCUUUUUCCCCUUAAAUCAAUUCAAAUGCCUGACUGGAGAGUCAAAGAAUCAACACAGACUUGCUCUGGGAUUUGUCGGCUCCAGUAAAAAGAUCUGGAUGUUCCUGGUGGCCCAGUGAAAAUAGGGGACACAUUUGCUUCACCCCAACUUCUGUAAAGGAGAAACUGCACCAUUUUUGUGGACUCUGGAGAGAAAGCUGAAUAAUUGAGCACCACGACAGAAAGAAAGACUGAUGUGGCUAUCAUGCAAAUAAGAACUGUGAUUGGCUUUCUCUCUCUUUCUGCCACUGGCGGCUCUCAGCCUAAUCUUAAAGAUUAGGUUUCUGUGGGAGCUGUUCAGGUUCAAGAACUGUUAAUGGCUUGUAACUCCCUGACCGUAAGUUCAGCCCCAGAGUUACAUCAGCCUGGGCAGAUGUCUAAGGAUUCAGGACCAGAGGAAGAAAGUUAGACUCUGGAGCAGAAGCAUGCUGCUUGCCACCUGCCUGCUGGACUGAACUUUUAACGUGAUUCAAAUUUGUGAGCCUUAUGUAGAAAUCCUGGAAAUGGUGGUCUUCAUUAAUACAAAGAUCAAGUCUUUAAUUAAACUUUUUAAGAAGAAAACUGUUUCCAACCUAGAUGAUGAGAGCCGAUGGACGGUCCACUACACUUGCCCCCUGGCACCAGCAGGAAGAAUGUAUUCCUUCCCCACCACGAGACCCCCUUGCGUAGAGGACCUGCACCGCCAAGCCAAGCUCAACCUCAAAUCAGUUUUGAGGGAAUGUGACAAGUUGCGGCGUGAUGGCUACCGGAGUUCUCAGUACUACUCCCAGGGACCCACCUUCGCAGCCAGCUCUGGUCCACUCUGUGAUGACUAUCAAGAUGAGGAUGAAGAAACAGAUCAAAAGUGUUCUAUCUCUUCGUUGGAAGAGGAAAGACUUAUAUCCACCAGGAGACCUAAAACGCCAACCUCAAGUGACUUCUCUGACUUUAACACUCAAACCAACUGGACCAAGUCACUUCCCUUGCCAACACCGGAAGAGAAGAUGCGACAGCAGGCCCAAACCGUCCAGGCUGAUGUGGUUCCUAUUAACAUAACUGGGGAGAAUUUCGAUCGCCAGGCCAGCCUCCGGCGGUCUCUAAUUUACACAGACACUCUGGUAAGACGACCGAAGAAAGUCAAAAGGAGAAAGACUAUUACAGGCGUCCCUGACAGCAUACAGAAGGAGCUAGCUUCGGGAGGCACUGGCCAAGAUGAUGUUGGUGGCCACUCAGUGUACACCCCAGACCACUGCUCUACGCUCGGAAGGUCUGCUGGGCAGCGCUCAGAAACCAGGGAUUCUAGCUGCCAGACAGAUGAUGUCAAAGUCGUACCACCUUCGAUGAGAAGAAUCAGGGCGCAGAAGGGGCAGGGCAUUGCCGCCCAGAUGAGCCACUUCUCCGGCUCCUCUGGGAACAUGUCGGUGCUGAGCGACUCUGCGGGCAUCGUGUUCCCUUCUCGCCUCAACAAUGAUACAGGUUUCCACAGUCUUCCCCGCUCGGGAGUGAGGGCAAGCCUUCAGCGCCUGGAGCCACAGCUGGGCGCCCUGGGUCCGGCAGAGGACACCAACAGCACGUUCCCCUACCAGCGGGGUCACCCGCAAGUACACGAUGACGUGGGACAUUCAGGAGGUCCCUCAAGGACUGGAACCCCACUGAGGCCCAAGUCCCAGGAACUGAGGCACUUUGAGGGUGAAACUGUCAUGAGCCCGGCGUGUGUGGUUUCUCCUCACUCGACCUACUCCACCAGCAUCAUCCCAAAUGCCACGCUCUCCUCCUCUUCGGAGAUCAUUGUGAUUCACACUGCUCAGAGCUCAGGGCAGCUGGACCAUAAGAUUAGCAGCACCUCCUCCUACACAAAGAUCAAAUCCAGAGACCACCUCCUCUCCAGGCAUAAAGACGGCCAUCCUUCUCCCAGUGGCAACUGGAAUGAGGGGCACUCCAACGUUGUUUCACAGGCCUCAGAUCCCCAUUCCUGCAGUGCAGCCAUGCUGCUGUCCCUCUGUGAUUCCGCAGUCACUCUAAAUUCGCCAGCAAAUCGGGAGAAUGGGUCCCAGGCCCUGGCCUAUAAUUGCAAGAACGACCUGAGUUUCCCCAAGCACCCCCAGGAUGAGGACGGCAAGAGUGAGUCCAGUUAUUCCGGCGGCGGGGGGCGCAGUGCAGAGAUCUGGGAAUCCACUGCCUCGGGUAAUGGGCGCGCCUCCCCGCUGAAGCCACAUUUGGCAACGCCUGGUUGCUCCACUCCUGCGAGUAACCUGAGCAGCUGCAGUUUGGACCAGACGUCUAACAGAGAUGAUGCCAGGUCUGUGUAUUCAGAGGACCACGACGGCUACUACUCCCCGCUGCACACCGACUCUGCACACGGGUCUGGGAAUCUGUGCAAUAGCAGCGAUGGCUUCGGGAACCCCAGGCACAGUGUGGUCAAUGUUUUUGAUGGAAGAGCACAGAAGAACCAAGCGGACCGGUCAAACGGCCAAGACAAGACCCUUUCGCGAAACAUCUCUUUGAAGAAAGCGAAGAAGCCCCCCCUCCCACCCUCUCGGACGGACUCUCUGCGCAGGGUACCCAAGAAAAAUGUCCAGUCCAACGGGCAGGCUAACGAGAGCCUGAUCGCCUCCCUCCAGCACUCGCUGCAGCUGAACCUCCCGGGCAAGGGCGGCAGCUCGCCCUCCCAGAGCCCCUGUAGUGACUUCGAAGAGCCCUGGUUGCCUCGGUCCCGCAGCCAGAGCACAGUGAGCGCGGGCAGCAGCCUGACCUCGGCCACCACCCCCAAUGUCUACUCCCUGUGCGGGGUGACGCCGGCCCAGAGCGACACGAGCAGCGUCAAGUCCGAGUACACAGACCCGUGGGGUUACUACAUUGACUACACGGGCGUGCAGGAAGACCCGGGGAACCGAGGCGGGAACGGGGCGGGGUCAGCCAGUACCCCGGUGGCACCCGGAAAUGGGCCAGGCCGCCAUCCCCCUGAGGGGUCCAGGAUCGCUGUACCCCCAGUGCCCGGUGGCGCGGUCAAACCAAAGAUCACAUCGCCGGAGAAGUCGCACAGAGUCACGUCUCCAUCCAGUGGGUAUUCCAGCCAGUCGAACACACCCACAGCUCUCACCCCUGUGCCUGUGUUUUUAAAAUCAGUGUCACCAGCCAAUGGGAAGGGGAAGCCCAAGCCCAAGGUGCCAGAAAGGAAGUCCUCUCUGGUGUCUUCAGUAUCCAUCUCCUCCUCCUCCACGUCUCUUUCCUCGAAUACUUCCACGGAAGGGAGUGGAACUCUGAAGAAGCUGGAUUCGGUGCUGGCAUCUCCCCUGGCUGCUGCUCCUCUCCCCUGUCUUUCAUCCGACAGGUCUCCUUUCCUCCCUCCCCCUCCUCCUUUGGCCGAUUCCUCCCAGGGCUCCCCUCUGCCUCACUCUCCCCUCUUACCCCCUCCACCACCCGAAGUUCUCAUUCCCUUCUGCCCCCCCACCGACGCCUGCUUUCCUCCGCCCCCCGCAGCACUCAGUCCCCUUCUUCUGGAUUCAUCUCCUCUGCCACCUCCUCCACCUGCCUUACCCUCCUCGCUGCCCCCGCCGGCCCCACCCCUUGACCCCAAAUUGAUGAAAGAUGCCAAGCCUUCUUUCAAAAGGUCUGGCCAGCCAGAGCCCUCCUGGGAGGCCUGCCGAUUGCCUUCCACCAAGGACGAGGGCAGUAGACCCCCCAUGCCCCUGAUCACCACGGAAGCAUUGCAGAUGGUGCAGUUGAGGCCAGUGAAGAAGAACUCAGGAACCGAGGUAGCACUGAUACAUGAACGCGCAUCUCAGGAAAAACGAACUCCGGUUGUUCCCCAGUAUCGUUUAAAGCCAUCUGCUUUCCUGAAAUCCCGAAAUAGCAUAAAUGAAAUGGAGAGUGAAAGUCAGCCUGCCUCUGCUACUAGCUCACUCUCGACUCCUGCCAAGAGCUCGACUCAGGGUCACCAGGACAGUGUAGCCGAGCGUGGCCUCCCGAGCCACAGCCCGGACCACGCUGGGGAGGCAGAGGCAGAGGCCGGGACCACCCCGCCCCACGAACCCCCCGGUCCAUCGCCCAGCAGGAAGCCGCCCCCCAUUUCCAAGAAGCCCAAACUGUUCCUCGUGGUGCCACCUCCGCAGAGAGAUUUCACGGCGGAGCCCGCAGAGAAUAAGAGCGAAGCAUUGCCCAGCCCCACGAGAGAAGAGGCACGGGAGAGUUGUACAGCCGAGGCUGGUUCCGAUGAGACCAACUCUGGCAGCUCGGUUCUUGCAGGAGGAGCUACAGGAUCCAAGUCCGCCGACGGAGUGGAAGCCAAUGUCCCCAUGGUACAGCCCGAUGCCUCACCAGCCCUUGCGCAGGAGGAGCCGGGCACAGGGGACACCGUGGAGAGCUGUUCCUCCCUGCAGGACCCAAGACCUGGGGUGCCGGAGGCUGACACAGCCAGCCCUUCGCCAGAGGCCUCUGACUUCCUUAAGGAAGACGGGAGUGAUGAGGUGAUGAUCCCCAGUAGACCCCGGACCACGGAAGACCUUUUUGCAGCUAUUCACAGGUCUAAGAGGAAAGUCCUUGGCCGCAAAGACUCAGAUGAUGAUCACUCCCGAAACCAUUCUCCCUCCCCGCCAGUGACACCCACUGGCGCUGCCCCCAGCCUGGCCUCCCAGAAACAAGUGGGAUCGAUUCAGAGGAGCGUCCGGAAGAGCAGCACCAGCAGUGACAACUUCAAAGCUCUGCUGCUGAAAAAGGGGAGCCGGUCAGACACCAGCGCCCGCAUGUCCGCGGCGGAGAUGCUCAAGAACACAGAUCCUAGAUUCCAGAGGUCAAGGUCCGAGCCUUCGCCAGACACCCCCGAGAGCCCGUCAAGCUGCUCCCCGAACAAGAACCGAAGGGCCCCGGAGGAGUGGGCCAAGAACGAAGGCUUGAUGCCUCGGAGUCUGUCCUUUUCUGGCCCCAGGUAUGGCCGCAGUCGAACGCCGCCCUCCGCCGCCAGCAGCAGGUACAGCGUGCGGAACCGGAUCCAGAGCAGCCCCAUGACCGUCAUCUCAGAGGGCGAAGGGGAAGCCACAGAGUCUGUAGACAGCAGGGCUCUCCAGGCCCCGGGCACCACGAGGGGAUGUUCGCUGGAUGGACUGGCCGGGGACGACAUGGAUGAGCGCAGCCUGCUCUGUGCCGGGACGCCGGCUCCGGGUCCCGCGGAAGGGCCGGCCGGUGCCGAGGGCGGGGAUCCAUCAGAACAGCAUGGAGGGCCUCUGAGGGGAGAGAGUUAAGGGCAAGAAGAGGAAUCGCCCAGGUGAUGUGGGCAGAUGGGCAGCACAUUGCUCUAGGAAGCCUGACAGGUCCCCCUCCCCGCCUCCUCCGUGGGUCUAGCUCAGCGUCUGUGUGAGGGCCCAGGCACUGCCAGCCCUGCAGCGCAAGGAGAGGGCUUGGCACUUGUCCUGUGGCUUAAAAGCAAGUAGAAGCUUAACUUCUGAAAGUGCUUCCUGGGGAAGAUUUUUUUUUUUUUUUCCCUAAAUGCUGGGUGUGUGUGGAGGGAUGUGUGUGUGUGUGUGUGUGUGUGUGCAUUUGAAACAGUUUAUGUUAAAAAAAAUACACAAGCAGCAUGUACAGAAAUAGGAGAGACAGCGUUAAGCUAAGUGGAGUAUGGGGGUCUUCUGGACUAGAUGGUCGUUGCUUUAAAAGUAUUAUGUUCAUGGAAAUGAGUGAGUUCCAGAAGAAGAGCGAGAACCUUUAUUUCUAAGAAAGAGGUGGUAAUUUGCUGGUUCUGAGCGUGCAGAACACGUGGGGAUGUGCACUGGUGUGCUUUCCAGGGCAGUCCCCACCCCCUACCCCCUACCCCCUUGGUUAAUCCGCAGAGCUGGGAAAGGGCUAAGUGACUAACUGGUUCAGGUACUUUUUUUUCUGGGGAAAAAAGGCUUUGUUUCUUUUUUGUAAAAAUGACAGGCAUGUGGAAGUGGCAACGCUGUAACUGGGAGUCUGCUGCUAUGCAGCCACAGACACACAACUUUUAGCCUGAUUUGUAGAAACGUGGGUAAUUUUUUAAUGACUUUCCUCCUUGAGAAGCAGCUGAGACCUCCUUGGAGAGCGGAAGUGAUGGUGCACAGACAGAGAGGGUAACAGGCGAGAGCCAGGAAGAGGAGUAAGUGAUACACUGCUGGGGUUUGUUUCCUGCUUAGUAAAUACAACUAUUUUUCAGAAUUAAAUUUUUAAACUUGCACUACAGAACUGUGGGUGGAGCCUUUCCUUUUACAACUGGUUUUUUGUUUGUUUGUUUUGUUUUUUUUUAAACCAGAGUUUAAACUUCCACUUGGCAAUUUCUUAUCACUUGAAAUGUCAACAUUUGCUAACUUUCAGAUAUCCUUUUGGUUACACCAAAGAAAAUUUUAUGGCUAUUUUUCCUUGAACUGCCUGCAGUAUCAUGUCCUCAUUUAGAAAGGUUUAUGAAAAUCUAUUAUAUAUUAUCUUACUUUGAAGAAAGUGCUGAAUAGCUCUUAAUAGUCAAAUAAACUGAUACAAAUUGGCAGGGCUGGCUAUUAAUUAGCCCUGGGAAAUGAGUUUUUAGAUUAAAAAGUUUUUUUGCAUCAUUUGGUUUGUGUGUUUUUAUAUUUUUUUAUAAAGAAUUGAGUUGGCUAAUUACCUUCUAAUCUUCUCCAGUUAGAAUUUUAACACUUUAGACAUGGAAGAAAAGUGUGUAAAGUAUUUAUUUUUUAUGUGAAUUCUUACGACCCUCAUCCUCCAGUUCCUCCCAGCUGUACAUAGACUCCUUUAUUUGUUGGUUAAAUAAAAUCAGAGCCUUGUCUUAUCAGAAGAACCUCAGAUGAAAAUGCUGAGAUUACUGGCCUAAAUAUAA